GACAGCCCAUGGACCUAGUACCUAUAAUAAAUACUAUUUAUCUCCAUGGGACAGCCGUAUAUUACCUGCACAGAACAGAUAUGUAGAUAUUACCUGCAUAUAAAAGUGAGAUAUUUCAAUUUAAAAUGAUGAAAAUGGUUUUAUUUGAGCAAAUAAGAAUGAAGAACUGCCGUUUGUGUCACACAAAGCCAGGCCAGCACGAUAUAAAAACAGAUAAAAAAUUGGUGAAAGAAAUUUAUGAAUGCACAAAAGUAAAGGUGAAUGAUAAGUCAAUGGAACUUUUACCGCGUUCUGUGUGUGAGGAGUGUAAAAAAACUAUAAAAUGUUUUUCACUUUAUAAACAACACAUUCGCAAAGUGGAUCAGUGUUUUAGAAAGAUUUUAAAAAACUUCGAUGCGAAUAAACAUAAGGAAAUUAAAGCAGAAGAAGUUUUUAAAUGUGAUCAGUGUCCAGGAGAAUUCAAUGAUUACGAUUUACUUAAAAAUCAUUUAAAUUCACAUAAAAUAAAUGUUAGUCUGGAAGAAAUUAAAGCAGAUGUUUCUUGUCCUAAAUGUGAUAACAAGUUCUGUAAUUUAGAGGAGUACGGAUCUCAUAAUUGUUUUACUGAAGAGGGAAAUACUCAAAAUGAGGAUGGAAAUAAUGAGAAAAAUUUUAAUUCAGAUGAUAUUUUUGAAAAUACAACAGAAACUGAAACUUCGGAAGCUUAUAAAAAAGCUAAAUACGUUUGUACUUGGACCAACUGCAAAAAAAUUCUUAGUUCUGCAUACACAUUAAAAACUCAUGAACUAAAACAUCAGGGAAAACGAUCAUUUUUGUGUGUAACUUGUGGCAAAGGCUUUAUAACAAAAAAUUCAUUAACCUGCCAUGAAAAAAUACAUUUGGAAGUAAAGGGCUACAUAUGUAAAAUCUGUAAUAUCGGGUUUUCUGUAAGAAGUAAUCUAAGGGCACAUGAAAAAAAACAUCAUGAAGGAGUCAGAUUUUAUUGUUCACAGUGUUCCAAAGCGUUUGUUUCAAAGUGCAGUUUAGAAAGACAUGAAAGAAUCCAUACGGGGAUUAAAGAAUUUAAAUGCCAGUCGUGCCCUUCAGCGUUUUAUACCAAAAAAGAGCUGUUGAAGCAUCAGAGAUAUCACCAGGGUUUGCGCUUACAUAAAUGUGACGAAUGCUUUAAAACUUUUUUUGAACGGCACCACUUGAUCAUCCAUUUGAGGAGUCACACUGGGGAGAGGCCUUAUGUUUGCCAGUUUCCCAAUUGUGGUAAAUCUUUUACGGAAAGUCAAAAAUUAAAGAGACAUCAUAAUGCGAAACAUGCCCAAACAUAGCUGUAUACACUUUAUAAGUUAAUUUCUUUUUAAUAAAAUAUUAUAAACUAAA